AUCUUACACAACAUACAUACACUUGUUAUAAAACUCAUCUCUCUCUCCUCUUCACAUACUCUUGAGCCUUGUUUCUUUCUUGAACCUCCUUCUCGUUCAUCUUCUUCAGUUGUUAAGAUCUGUUGGAUUUUGUUCAGAUUUGAAUUUUGUGUGUUCAGAGAAUCAGAGAUGAGUUUGUGAUUGUGUAAAAACACUGGUUGAGCUUUGGACAAGGAAGCACUGGUUAGUGGAUUAUCAUCAAUUUGUAGAAUCAAUGGGGUCUGCAACUGAUGAUAUACAGAUUCAAAGCGAAAAUGCAAGAUCAAGAAUGACUUCUCCAGACACUUUGACUGCUGGCCUACAAUCUCCUGCUGAUACCCAGGAUAAGUGCCAAGUUGUUUCUAGUGAUGACUAUGCUAUAAAGGUCAGAAAGCAGUACACAAUAACAAAGCAGAGGGAAAGGUGGACAGAUGAAGAGCACCAUAAGUUUCUCGAGGCACUGAAAUUGUAUGGACGUGCUUGGAGGCGCAUUGAAGAACAUAUUGGCACAAAAACUGCAGUUCAAAUUAGAAGUCAUGCUCAGAAAUUCUUUUCUAAGGUGGUCCGUGAAUCAAGUAUAAAUGAGAAGAACACGGUGAAACCUAUUGAGAUUCCUCCUCCGCGUCCGAAAAAGAAGCCAAUGCAUCCUUAUCCCCGUAAAAUGGUCGGUAGAGUUGAACCUGGAGCUCAUCUCUCCGAUGAACUUGGAAGAUCUGCAUCUCCUAGUCAUUCAGUUUCCGGACGAGAAAAUCGGUCACCAGCUUCUGUUUUGUCUGCUGUGGGGUCGGAAGCAACAUGUGUAACAGACUCAAAUAUGCAAAAUUGCAUCUUCUCAGCAUCUUCUUCUGAUGCUGAUGACCAAACAAACAGUGUUUUCCCAUCUGACACUACUCCAUUACCAGAAGAGAACAGAUCGGAAAAUGGAUCCAACUCUCCUAUCCAGGCAAAUGAUAGUUCAAAUGAGGAUGAACAUGUUCCUACGAAGUUGGAACUCUUUGAAGCAGAUGGCAGUUUUGUAAAAGAAGAAUCUAACGAUGAAGUAUCCACACACAGUGUGAAGCUAUUCGGAAAGACUGUGACAGUUGCAGAAUCAUCACUUUCAAGCUCGAGAAAUAACUCAUGUGGCUCAUCUCAUCUUGAGUCAGCUGAUGAAAGACCGGUGCAAACAUCUCCAUGGAAUAUAUCGCAAGGAAUGAGUUAUGCCUCUCCUGAUGCUGCUGAGUAUACCUGGACAGGAGUACCUUGUAAAGCACCUGCAGUGUAUUACAUGCAAUAUGCGAUUAAUAAUUCAAUUAAUGUGGAUGACGAGUCAAGUGUUCCUGUUCCAUGUUGGACAUUCUAUGGGGGAGUGCCAUAUCCUUUUCUCCAGUUGCGUAAUUCUGUCCAAGAAAGAGUAUAUAUGCACUUUGAUGGGAGUAACGUCCAAGAUAAAGUGCUUCAAAAGCCUGGAUCCCUGACUGGAUCAAACUCGGGAUCGAUCAAUGUUGAGACGGAUGGUGAUAAAACUUGGGAGAUGGAGACACAAUGUAGUCAGUCCCUUUCCGAGAAAAAGGAUGCUGAGCAGAAGCUCACUUCCCCCUUAAAAGUAAGGGCUGAUGCAGGUUUCACCGAGCAAAAGAGUAUCCUGGCCAAGGCCAAUCAUGGAAAGGGAUUUGUGCCAUACAAGAGAUGCUUGGCAGAGAGGGACAAUGGUACAUCAAUAAGCGGUGAAGAGAGAGAAGAGCGGAGAACUCGGCUUUGCUUGUAGCGUGAAUUGGGCAUGCUGAUGACAUUAAUGUCAAUAACAUGCUAGCAGAAAUUUUUUGACAGGUUGAAGGUUAAAAGUGAGGAUGGGUGAAACCUAUCACUGAACAACAGUUUCGGCUUGUAAUUUUUGGAAGACAGGGAUUUGUGGGAGGAGCUGUGACAUGCUUGUAGCCUUAAAGGUUCCCUUCCGUCUUCCAGCUGUUCACAUAGCUCAGUUAUGUAAAGAUUUAAUGCUCUUAGCUCUAUGCUAUCAAUUAAUGUUAGAUUGAAAUACAGGUUGCUCAUGAAAGACCCCUUGACUUGAUUUAUAAGUUUUUACCCUUGAAAGAUAGGGGAAUGUUACAACAGAAAUUAAGUUUUUACCCUUGAAAGAUAGGGGAAUGUUACAACAGAACUGGUGUUCCGUCCUGUCUUUCAAUAGUUCAUGUAGCCUAGUACCUAAAGAUUCAAUGCUUAGUUUUGUAAGACAGGUCUUUAAUGCAAGACGCCUUUACUCUGA